AUGGGAAACUUCAAUAUUUUGUCUAGUUCUCUUCCACAGUUACCACCGGCCUUUGAUGCGACACCGUUAUCAUUAAUUGAAGAAGCCAAAGCUCUCAUCGACCAUACUCGUACUGUCUGGGAUGACGUUACUCUGAACGUACAACCCAAUUUCGCGACGUUCGAGAACACAAUCAUACCCAUUAUUACCGAUGAAAACCAAAAAUAUACCAGAUUGAGAAUUCUCAGGUUCUACAGCUCUACAUCACCAAGCAAAGAGCUACGAGAUGCAUCUAAUUCUGCCACCUCAAUGUUCAAUGACGCUGAUGUGGAAUUGUACUCUCGGGUGGAUAUAUAUCGCCUAGUUAGUGAAGUCCUGAAUGGCAUCCACCAAGAACGCAAAGGCUUGGACGAUGAGUCUAUUUAUUAUCUUAGGCAAAAUGGCUGCGGAAUUACCGACGUGGGAAAAAAGCAGGCUUUCGAGCGAGCGCAGAAGAGGAUUCAAAAGCUUGUAACGCAAUGUAACGCAAACCUUCAUGAAGACAGCUCUGGCAUCUGGCUUUCCAUUGAAGAACUUGAAGGCGUACCAGAAAAGAUUAUGGCUCAGCUCAAGCAGGGCGAGGCCGACCAUGAGGGUCACGUCUGGGUGAAGACAAAAGUUCCCCGCCCGUUUAAGAUCAUCUCACAUGCGAAGUCAGAAGACACUCGCAGAAAAGUGUACUACGCGAUGAAAAAUAGGUUACCACAAAAUAUACCUUUGUUUCGCGAGCUGGUUCUCUGCCGAGACGAAGUCGCUAGAUUAUUAGAGUACCCAAACUACUUAGCUUACAAGAUAGCUGAUAAGAUGGCCCGAACACCCGAUAAAGUCAUUACUAUUCUAGAUGAAAUUAGACAGAGAAUUCAUCCACACGCUGUCAAGGCCGCCGAUGAGUUACUGGGUUUAAAAAUUAAAGACGUUAUUGCAAGAGGAGAGACUGCAGAGGAUCAGAAACUUUUCCUCUGGGAUGAAAGCUUUUACGCAAGAAUACAAUUAGAAAACGAAUCAGAAAUCCGGUCGACAAUAUCAGAAUAUUUCGAACUAUAUCACACAUUGGAUAAACUAUUAGAGCUUCUCGGACACAUAUUUGAUACUCGGUUUGAGCUCAUCACUCCUGAACAGCAGUCUGCGCUAGGAGAUGGAAAGCCCCUUGUCUGGCACAACGAUGUUUCCAUGUACGCUGUCUGGGACACUAGGAAAUUAGGUGAAUUUCUUGGUUACGCGUAUUUUGACUUCUUUCCUCGCGAGGGAAAAUAUGGGCACGGCGGAAGCUAUGCAACCCAAUGGGGCUAUACAAACCCUGGCGGCGGACGAUUUUAUCCUUCCUGUGCCUUGGUAAUGAACUAUACGAAGCUAGGUUCAAAGCCGGUUCUGCUAAGCUUAGUGGACGUCCGAAAGCUCUUCUAUGAGCUUGGACACCUCUAUCAUUCUUUAUGCACUAAAGUCAAAUAUGCAAGCUUAUCCUACAUUGAUAGAGAUUUUGUGGAGGCCCGCCAUAUCAAAAACCUCUCCUACCACUACUCUUAUAUUUCUCCAGAAUACAAGUCUGUGUGGCUUCAAGAAAUUAAAAGUAGGAUUGAACAGCCACCUGCACAGCUGAGCGACAAAGAUGUUGCCGAACUGGCUACGCAGGAUCCCAAAAAGCUUAUCAGUCGCGAGAAUUAUAACCUCUUUUUAUCAUACUUCGAUAUACUUGUUCACACUCCAGCUACCCAUGGGGAACUUGAACAAGCGAAUCUAGCUGAGAUGUUCAAUAAACUGCAGACUGAUAUCUUGGCAAUGCAUGGCGGGGAGGCAAUUGGUGAUGGCUGGGACUGGAGUCAUGGACAAUCUGUGUUUCGUAUGAUUGUCAGUGGAUAUGAUGCUGGGUAUUAUACAUAUGUUCCUGGUCGAGUGUUUGCUUUAAACAUGUGGAACCGUGAGUUUAAGACAAAUACUCUCAAUAAGGAUGCUGCAAGGAGAUUUCGGGAUACUGUCUUUUGUGUAGGAGGUAAGCAGCCAGAAGAGAAAACGCUGAGGGAUUACCUUGGUCAUGAGCCAAGUACUGGUCCUUAUUUCAAAUGGCUUAAUAUUUAA